AUUUCCUUUCGUCUUAGAGGCACCCGACCCCGCGCCAGUGUUUUCCCUCACCUUUCCCUUCUUUCAACCCAUCAUUCAUCCGAUCACGAGGUGUCCACUCUCUUCAAACCCAUACACCAACAUUGUAUCCAACAUGUCGUUCACCUUCGGCGUUGCUGUCCACCCUAGUCAGCUGCUGCCAACAGAAAGAAACCUCUCCGGGCUGCUAGAGAAGCUGCUGACCGUGUUUGGUGAUGAGUCCAUCCUAGACGGAGGAGGGCUUCCCAGUCAACCUCUCCAGCGUGAAAUCGGUGAUGUCCCCCGCUACGCCCUGCGGCCUAUGGUUGGGAAUGACUUCCACGUUCAAACCUCGUUCGGUUCUUCGCCUUCGUGGAAGGCCGUGAUGCAGCUCGACCGGGAUGACGAGAAGUCGGACAAAAUAUGUCUUCCCCUCUGCGACGUCACCCUACAAUCCGAGUCCGAGGCGACAGCCACCAUUAAAUUGGCACAACAGAUGGCCAAGCUUCUCCGCUACGCCUGGCCGGACGCCAAUGUUGUUGGCCCUUCAAAACGUCGCCAACUCGGGCCACCCUUCGUUGAUCCCGCCUUGCCGGAUUACCAACUUUUCCAAUGGCUUGCUUCCAAGGAUCUGAACCCCGUCAGCGAAGGAAUCAUGUUGAUCCAUUUCUACGGCUCCAAGGACUGGUUCUAUCGGCCCCUUCGACAGGUGGCUCGAGGCCUCGCUGUUAAGCCAUCCCCAGAGACAGACCGGACAGAUAUCACCGUACACACGGAUUCAGGUGCAGAAGAAGUCAUAACCGACGGAUCUGUUGCCCAGAUAUGGUCAUUUACCGGCCCGGAUAGCUGGGUCAUCUCGUUGCCUGUGGUUGCCACGAUCCUCCUGCUUAUGACGCAUCCGACAAAGGAGGUCAACCCCCUGCCCGACAAUCCCGAUAGAGACUUAUCGUGGACUUUGGAUUCUCUUCACGGAUUUUGCAGGAAAGAAGGCCUCGAAGACGGCGAUCGCCACCUUUCGUGGUCGUUGGGCACAUUUGCGGACUGCUGGAUGUACUUCAACUUCAUCUUUUUCUACUUCACCCCACACGAUGUCGACGCGGACGAGUGGAUUGGCUCCGGUAUUCGCUGCGAUCGUCGUAGCAUCACGGUUCGAAUUGGGGACCCUGAGCGCAAGGAGACCUUCAGAGAACAGCGAGUCUGGCUCAGCAUGCGUACUGCAACGCCAUAUGAAAGCGGUCAGCAAGCGGACGCGGAUAAGCUUAAGGGGCCAGAUACCGUUGGGGUUGUCCUAGCCGACGCAUUCCAUCACAGGAUCGGAAUGACGAAAAAGGAGUGGUUAGUGCGCGACAUGGAGCCUGCUAAAGGGCAUGGGGGCGUCAAAGGUUUCCAAAUGCUCCUUUGGGGUGGCGUGGAGGACUGGAGUAGGGGGUGGAACGCGUGUCUUGAUUAUGUUGACCGUCUGCACCAAGUCCAGGUCAGCGACAUAGACAACAGCGACCCAUACAGGCUCCACUAUCUCAUGUUUGACCUUCGCGGCGGGCUGGCCAAGGAAUACUUCGUCACAGCCAACCUUCUCAAGAUGUUCCGUCAGCAUAUUGACGUCUUGCCCCGUUCCCUUAAGCAGAUGAGAUCAAAGUGGGAGAUGACCUACCCGGGCGUGGAUUCGGACCUCCUGCAGCGUUUUGACAACCACACCCAGUUGGCACUGCUGAGGAACUGGUCUCGGCUGAUCGAGCACGCUGACGCUCUGCACGGAAAGCUUGCCGAUAGGAUCGAGAAGAGAUCUGGAGAGCUCUUGAGCCUGAGGAACAAUUUGAUGAUCGCCCGGGACAAGUGAUCUGCAGAAAUACCAGCAUGGAUGGAGUCCAAGUCUUUGUUGGAGUGUAUCUUCUGUUUCGUAACAAACCGAGCACCAAGUACCUACCUACGUCCAAGAUCCAAGUUUCAAAGGCACACGUCGGUAGUUCCAGUUCGAUCAACUUCGCUCCAGCCAUAGUCAGUUCAAGGCAGUUACCUAGUUGGUUUGACGCAGUCAAGUUAAACCCGACCAUUGCAAAUUAACUUAGACUUGGUUGAACUUAUUAUUACUGGUAGGGAGGCCAACAAACGGACCCGUCAGUACAUGAGGGCCACAUUGCAACACGGACUUUAUAUAUACUCUGUGAUCAACUAAGUUGUGACUUGCCGGGAACCCAUCCGGCGUUAUUAUUGCUGUCCUGACAAUAAGCUAGCUUGCACGUCGGAUCUCGAGAACUUGAUUGUGGUAUUUUGGCCCCCACGGU